AUGCGAAACUUCUACUUGAAUUUGUCUCAGAAACGGACUUCUCGUCCCGAUGGACAUUUCAAACGACCGGAAGGUAUGCAUCGUGAGUUGUUCAAUCUGUUGGCACAGGAUAGUGAGAAGAAUCUGGCUGCGUUGAUUCCAACAACAACCAAAAAUCUUGGCUACCGAAAUCAGAAAGCUCGUAUUGGAAUGCGGCAAGUGAGACCGUGGGUAUGGAAGGCAUUUGAGAACGCGGCCAGAACCGACGGUCUACAAUUGUGUCAUUGGCAAAGAGUCGACAAAAUGGACCCUGAUCGACCGUAUCCAUUUGCCAGAUUCAACAAGGUGAUCAAUAUACCAACAUUCACAGAUGAAGAAUAUGAGAAAUAUCUGAAUUCGCUGAAAUGGUCCAAAGAAGAUACUUUGCAUUUGUUUGAUCUGUGUAGAAGAUUCGAUUUAAGAUGGCCAAUAAUUGUGGAUCGUUGGGAGGGUUCAACGCGUCGUACAAUGGAAGAAAUGAAAGAACGUUUCUACAAUGCCGUGAACGAUUUGAAUACGGCAAAAGAUCGUAAUGCCGAGUUGUUGUGUUACGAUGCAGAACAUGAGAAACGUCGUAAAGAACAACUGGUCAAGCAAUGGAAUCGAACACCACAAGAGAUCGAGGAGGAAGAAAUGUUGAUAGCGGAAAUGAAAAAAAUAGAGGUACGUAAACGUGAACGAGAGCGAAAGGCACAGGAUUUGCAGAAACUGAUAACGGCAAGCGAUAGAACGCCGGUGACCCCAGCGAAUACAUUAUCGACGAUAUCACCCGCAUCCGGUAUCAAGAAGAAGACGGUGGUACGACCGAAAGCUUCAUCCACCAGUGUAGCACAUUCAGCAAGCGCUUCAUUCAUAGCCGAGCAUUCGUCAUUGCGUUUCCCUGAAUUCCGUUCAGCUGGCGCUCAUUUGCGAAGUCAGGAGAUGAAACUGCCGACGAACGUUGGUCAAAAGAAGUUGAAGAAUAUUGAAACGGUCAUCGAGAAGUUGAAACUUGAUUUGGUACCAGUGGGAGCCGAGGAGAUCGUUGUUGGUUAUAAUGAAUUUCGCUCAAGUAUUGUGCUGUUGCAAGAACUCAAGCAUGCUUUGCAAACAGCCGAAUACGAAUUGGAAUCAUUGCGAACACGAUAUAAUACUCUUAGUGGAAAGACAUUUGAAAUUGAACCAAGAAUGCGCAUCUCAUCAGCGUCUGAUGCAAGCAUAUUUGGCGAUGACAAGGGUGUUGGCACAAGUGCAGAUCUGCCGUCGUCGAGUCGAACAAUCACAGAAAUGAUUGAGCUGUCAUCGUCACUGCCACAAGCCGUACGAAAGCGUAAAUCGAAUAUGCCAUCGAAUACACCACCAGCCGAGACCAGACGAUUGAGGCGAAGUUGA